UAUACUAAACUUUAGCAUUCUUAAGGUAGAAAGAAAAUUUUGUUCAAUUGUUUUUUCCUUUUCAUUUAGAACCACAAGUAUGGCAGAAGGUCGACGAACUCCGGCAACCACUACCUUAGCAAACAUAGGACGAACUUCAACAACUACCCCCAUAACGGACCCAACGAUAGUUACCAUGUUUGAAUGUCCCGUGUGUUACGAGUACAUGAGUCCCCCGAUACACCAAUGUCAAGCAGGGCACUUGGUCUGUUCAAAGUGCAGAGAAAGAGUUCAACGAUGUCCAGUCUGUAGAGGAGUAAUGGAUAGAAACAGAAACCUAGUUCUAGAAAGACUGUCAGAAAAAAUUGCUUUUCCAUGUAAGUACCGAGAUAAUGGAUGCAAUGAAAGCCGACUUUUGCAAGAUAGACAAGUCCAUGAACGAUAUUGUCCGUUUAAAACUUGCUCAUGCCCAUCUUUGGAAACAUGUCGAUGGGAAGGUACAUAUCAACAAAUAAUCGGUCAUAUUACAGAACGACAUUCUACCAUGAUAAACCUUAAGCAUGACACUGUUCGCAUGAUCAUUGUUGGUUCGAAUUUACAUCGUGAAUUUAACUGGACAACCCGGCUGUAUUGUUAUUAUCGACAUUUCAUCAUACAAGUAAUUAAAACCAAAGGAGAAAAUAAUUCAUACACCAUUUAUGUUAUAAUUCGAAUAGUAGGAAAUAGAAGAGAUGCUACUCGUUUCAUCGGAAGAAUUGAAAUAAUAGGAAAAGGUAGACGCAUACUAUGGGAAUCGAUACCCAGGAUCGUGACGGGAAAUACACAACACAUUGUAUCUACAGGAGAUUGUUGGACAUUGCCUUUGACCAUGUUAGAACGUAUGCUAGAAAACGGAAUGUUGACAGUAAUUGUAACAAUCAUCCCCUCCAAAACCUCAAAUAGCUUUAUACGAAAUUUCUAAAGAGAAAAAGGGAACUAAACAAAAAAAAAAUUUUUCUUAAAUGAAAGUUUACACUCCCAUUCUUUUAUCUUGAUAUGAAAGAUUUCGAUUUACAGCGAAUGGUAAGAAAAAUUUUGUUCCUAGAAAAGAUAAAUAAACUAUUUGGAAAAAUAAAACAAAAAGGGUUAACGAUAAGCCAUUUUCUAUUCUUCCCUAGACGCCAUGGAUGAUCUGGACUUGUCGAGAUGGUAUUGGGAGCCAGAUUACGUCCAAUUCGAAUCCUCACAGAGCUCUUCCGGAUCGUCGGAAAGUCUUUGUACCUUGUCUCCUUCGCUGGUGCAAAAGGCAAUUCUCCAAGUAAGGGCACAAAACGAUGACCCUUCGCGACCUCCAGCAAUCGUCGCCCUUCCGUUGGAAGCCAGAAUCGAGGAUAAAACUCUAAGAGAAGAAGUACAACAAGUAAAUAAGAUGGCGGAGGAUCGUGCCCGUCGAUUGGCGGAAGAGAGAGAAAGAGAAAAGCCCAACCAAGAAAAAGAAAUUCCCCGAGAGGGAGAAAGAGCAAAAGAAAUCCAAAAAAAGGAACUUCCUCGAGAGAGAGAAAGAUUGAACACACCCAAAGGAAGGGAAAGAAUUAACAGACGACACACCAAAUGAAAGGA